UCGGCGAACGCCGCCGCCCACACACAGACAGAGGCAAAGCACGGGAAGAAGAAGAAUAAAAGUACAAAAUAAAAUAAAAUAAAGCAAGGGGAGCACGAGACGGAGGAGGAAGAGGAGGAGCGAUUGAGGCCGUGGAGGUGGAGCGAGAGCUCGCGAGCUUGCUCUCCUCAGGAAUACUUGCGGCUGAGUUCUGUUUAAGGUGAACCAAGUCUGCACCUUUAGCUUCUGAACUAAGUGUGCAUCUCUGUAACAAUCAAAAUAUUUGAAGAUCCGCAGUAGUUUCCCUUGACGUUCUUCACCAAUAAGCAAGAUUCUUCAAGGUGAUGGUUGAAUCCCAAUACUGCUGACCUCCAUGUCUGGGGCCCCACGCUCCAAUCUUGGACUUGUUCCCAGGGACAUGAAUGGUAGCAUUCCAGUUAGUACUACAAAUUCUUCUGGGCCAAGCAUUGGUGUUAGCUCUUUGGUGACCGAUGGUAACUCAUCACUCUCCGGAGGUGCCCAGUUUCAGCAUAGUACGAGCAUGAACGCUGAUUCAUUCAUGCGCCUUCCUGCCUCCCCGAUGUCAUUUUCAUCCAAUAACAUCUCUGGCUCUUCAGUCAUUGAUGGCUCCAUCAUGCAGCAAAGUCCACCACAAGAGCAGAUGCAGAAGCGGAGAUCAUCUAGUGUAACAUCACAACCUGUGAUUGAGGCUGGUGGCUCAUUUCAUGCUCAGAAGAAGCCAAGGGUUGAUCUUAGGCAAGAUGAUAUCUUGCAGCAGCACUUGAUUCAGCAGCUGCUCCAAGGUCAGAGUUCUCUUCAUCUCCAGGGCCAACAUAAUCCACAGCUACAAGCCUUGAUCAGGCAGCAUAAACUGGCACAUAUUCAGCAACAGCAGCAUCAGUUGUCGCAACAAUUUCCUCAGGUUCAACAAUCUCAAGUUGGCAUACCUCGGCAGCCACAGUUAAGGCCGCCACUAGCACAGCCUGGAAUGCAGCUAGCUGGACCUGUUAGGACUCCUGUCGAGAGCGGGCUUUGUUCUCGAAGGUUAAUGCAAUAUUUGUAUCAUAAGCGUCACCGGCCAGAGAAUAAUCCCAUCACAUACUGGAGGAAGCUUAUUGAUGAAUAUUUUGCACCACGAGCAAGAGAAAGAUGGUGCGUGUCAUCAUAUGAAAAAAGAGGGAAUUCUCCAGUUGCUAUUCCACAGACAUCUCCGGAUACAUGGCGUUGUGAUAUUUGUAACACACAUGCGGGAAAGGGAUAUGAGGCUACUUAUGAAAUACUGCCUCGACUCUGUCAAAUUCGAUUUGACCAUGGUGUUAUAGAUGAAUAUCUAUUCCUUGACAUGCCCAAUGAAUUCCGGUUGCCCAAUGGGCUACUUCUCCUUGAGCAUACUAAAGUCGUCCAGAAGAGCGUCUAUGAACAUCUGCAUGUUACGCAUGAGGGGCAACUGAGAAUAAUAUUUACUCCAGAACUGAAGAUUAUGUCCUGGGAGUUCUGUUCACGGCGACAUGAUGAGUAUAUCACUCGCAAGUUUCUGACACCACAGGUUACACAUAUGCUGCAAGUUGCCCAGAAGUAUCAAACAGCUCACGAGAGUGGGCCUGCUGGGGUAUCAAACAAUGAUGCACAAACCAUUUGCGGCUUGUUUGUGUCAGCAUCACGGCAACUAGCAAAAAAUCUAGAACACCACAGCUUAAAUGAACAUGGGCUCUCUAAAAGAUAUGUUCGCUGCUUGCAGAUAUCAGAGGUGGUGAAUCAAAUGAAGGACUUAAUUGAGUUCAGCCACAAGAAUAAGCUCGGUCCUAAAGAGGGCCUGAAGAAUUAUCCCAAACAAAACGGACCAAAGCUUACAGUGCAGAAUAUGCAUGAGGCAAAGGUGAUCAAAACAGAAAUGAACACACAUGUGAACAAUGAUGUUCCAGGUGUUGGAGCCAUUGGAAAUAAUCCGCAGAGUGCUGCAGCACAAAAUAAUUACCAAAAUAUGCUGAGAAGCUCUAGUACAAGUCAGGGUUUAAUUCAGCAGGAUUCAUCACAGAACGCUGCGGGACUAAGCAACUACCACAAUAUGCAUAGAAGCCCGAGCGCAGGCCAGAAUAUGCUUCAGCAGGAGGCAUCAAAUAAUGCGGCCAUGCUAAACAGCUAUCAGACCAUGCUUAGAAGCUCAAGCGCAAACCAGGGUUUGCUUCAGCAGGAGGCAUCGAGUAUCUUUAAAGGUCCUACAGCAAUGCACAACGGCAUUCAGUUGGAAGCGUCUAGGUCCUUCCGUGCGGCUCAGCUUGGGCAAUUCCAGCAUCCCAUGUCGUUUCAGCAAACUAUGCCCCAGCACCAGCAGAACAAUUUCCAGGGUCUGGGUGUGAGUCCACAAUACCAGCAGCAUGUGAUCCACCAGCUGCUGCAAGAAGCCAAGAAUACCAGCAACCGGGCCCUGACGCAGCAACAGACUCCUAACACUCCCAGCGCCAAUGGUGGUCUCGCAUCGGGCGCUGCAAUCACCAACAGCGCUGCUAGCGGAGAGCACUCACAGCAGCAUAUGAAUAAUGGCGCCGCCACAAAGGGAGCUGCUCCAAUGUGUACGACGGGGCCUAGCAAUCUGAUCAACAGCGGAGCUGGCAUCGUCCAACGAAGUAGCAGUUUCAAGUCAGUGAGCAGCAACCCUGUUGCUGCAGCAGCCUCUUCUGGCGGGAAUGUCGUGACUCCCAAGGCGGAGUCUAUGCACGAGAUGGAUGAGCUCGACCAUCUCAUCAACAGUGAACUGGUGGGGAGCGGGCUGUUCAUGGAGGAGCAGCAGGGUGGCGGCGGGUACUCUUGGAACCUCUGAGAUCUGCUAAAUCAACCUAAUGUUUCUUCUCUACUCUGUGACUUGUGUUUGCUGGGAAAUUGCCAUAGAUUGUCGGAAGUUUUUCUUCUUUUUUAAAUGUUUUUGUUUCGCAGUCUGGAACAGUUUCUGAUGAUCAUACACUGAUGGUACUCUUCAGUUAUGUGAGAGAGAGUGUGAGCUGGCUUGGGAGCAGCGCGACCCAGAGUUAAUUAACUAUGGAAUGACAUGCUGUGGUUGCCAUUUCUGCUGCAAUUCUUGAAUUUCCUUUUUCAA